UAGGUUACGCUGAAACAAAGGAGACAGAACUAGACAUAGAACCACAAAAGGAAAUUAUUGCUUCAUUUUUAUUAUCAUUGAAACAAUGCCACAUUUUGUCUGAAGGUUAAAUUAUCUGAUAUCUGCCCAGGAACAUUGACUAUGUUAAAGAGUAAUACUUUUCUUCGGGCUCACUGAAAGGACAUGAUUUGAUGUUUGAUGUGGUUAAAUAGUGUGAACGUUUUGUUGGGUCCCACAAAGCAGGACAGAGAUGCGUUUCUGCAUAAAUAAACCUGAAUAAAUAAAUGACUUUAACCAACUUUCCCAGAGAAACACCUAAACAGCGCCCUCAUGUGGGCACAAAUUCUAAUUAAAUACACAUUAGAUAGAGAAUAUUAACAGCACAUUCAAUUUCAGGACACUUUGUAAGACUAUCAAGUUCAGCUUACAUAAAAAAUAUACUGUCAUUUUAACCCAAACAAAGUUACUUACAUGCAUGCCUAUAAAACAAUACAUGUUGCUAUGCUAGUUUCCUUUUCCUCUUUCUGUCUUUAUUCUUUCUUUUGGAUUAUUCUAGAAGAAACAUCUGACUGGCAACUCAAUUUUAAUCCAAAUUUUGUAAAGUUCUUCACUGUGUGGCCAGAGAAUUGGUGUAACUCGUGUCUGAGGAUUCAGUUUGUAGUGCAAAGAACAGAUCCGUCAUGCCGUGUAAAUAUGGGCUCAUCUUCAUAAAAGCAAGAACUCCUCCAAAAUACAGUUACUUUGAGCUUUUAAAUCACCGAAAACAAGAUGGAUAACUUCAGACAUCUGCAAUUUUCUGAUCUGUCAAACAUGAAUUACCGUCUCUGUGAUUGUUCCAACGCUUUUGUUGUUGAAUCUGAUCAUGAGUAGAGAUUAAACAAACAAAAAAAAUACUUUCACGUGGAGAGGAUAUUUAUACAAUUUUAACGGCAGAUAAAGAGAACGAAAAGAUGAACAUCUAUAACAAAGAAAGGUAACUGUGGUAGUUUUAGUGUGAUAAAACAAUUAAAGAUGUCUGAAAAGACGGAAAGCCUAGAAAACUUUUGCUCAACAAAAAUCUUGUUUCUGGUAAACUACCCAAGGAAAAGACAACUUUUCCUCUCUGACAUCUGUAAAGUGCGGCUGUUUAAUCCGCCGUUUGCCUGCAGGACGUCAUCAUAAAACGGCGCAGAGAUUUUGAAAAGAGCAAAAAUAUCAACUACUGAGCUCGCGCCUAUUAUUAGAAAGUGACGUAAUGGCGCUGAUGGCGCAUCUCCUCCGCUGUUUUGCAUCGCCGGAAUCAGCACCGUUAAAACGGAUUCCUGAUUGUCCCUCCUUUUCCCACAUGGACCGGAACCAGGCGGCACCACGUGACUCCGGAUCCCCGGACUGAGCCAGUUCAUCACACCGCAUCAUGGCUGCGGAGGAUGAGGCCGCGCGGUGCUGCCUCAGGUCCCCGCAGUCCCGCGGGGCUCCGCACUCUCUGUCCCGCUGCCUGUGGCUCCUGCUCGGCCUCUGCUGGCUGCUGCCCACCCCGGCUCUCUGCCUGCUCGGCUUCCGUCCAGAGGAGACCGGAGCGGAGCUGUCCGUGGACGACGGGGUGCUGAAAGCCACGGAGGGAAUCCGCUUCAUGCUGCGGGUGUACUACUCCACCUCCACGCAGAGGCUCAACCGCACCGCGGGGACCCGCGCCAACAAUGCCGCGCCCUGGAUCGCCUUCAUCGAGGAGCCGAGUCCCGGCAGAGAGGGACAGGUCCACCCCAAGAGGAACAUGUGCAUGGACAAGAACGCCAGGACGUCCGACAUCGAGGUUUUAGGUUCCUUCAAGUCUGCUUCCAGUCAGAACUCAGUGCUGGUCGAGCUGCUGGCCAAAGACUUGCGAAGAGGGGAGAAGAUUAAGUAUUACUCCAUGUGCGCCUUCGACGGGUCCAAGUGGGAACACUACCGGACAAGAGACUUCUGGGUCGCCGUGACAGAGCGCUCUGCUGUCCCGGAGCUCUGGCUGCAGGUCCUGGUCUCCGUCCUGCUGCUCGGCUUAUCGGCUCUUUUCAGCGGACUGAACCUCAGCCUGCUGGCACUCGACCCGGUGGAGCUGCAAGUCCUGCAGAACAGCGGCACCGACAAGGAGCAGAACUACGCGCGGAAGAUUGAGUCUGUGCGUCGGCAUGGGAACUACGUCCUGUGCACGCUGCUGCUGGGCAACGCGAUCAUCAACGCGUCUUUGGCGGUGUGGAUGUGCCAGAUCCUGGGCAUGACCUGGCUCUCCACGGUCAUUUGCGCCUUUGGCAUCUUCUUCAUCGGGGAGAUUCUUCCUCACUCCGUGGCAUCGCGUCACGGCCUGGCCAUCGCGUCCAAAACCAUCUGGGUGACGCGGCUGCUGAUGGUGCUCUCCUUCCCCAUCUCCUACCCCAUCAGCAAACUGCUGGACCUCAUUCUCAACCAGGAGAUCUCCAACUUCUACACCAGAGAGAAACUGCUGGAGAUGCUGCGCGUCACAGACCCGUACCACGAUCUGGUGAAAGAGGAGCUGAACAUCAUCCAGGGCGCGCUGGAGCUGCGCACCAAAACGGUGGAGGACGUCCUGACGCCGCUGAGCGACUGCUUCAUGCUGGCGUCGGACGUGGUGCUGGAUUUCAACACCAUGUCAGAGAUCAUGGAGAGCGGGUACACCAGGAUACCGGUGUUCGAGAACGAGAGGUCCAACAUAGUGGACAUCUUGUUUGUCAAGGACUUGGCCUUCGUGGACCCGGACGACUGCACUCCGCUGAAAACCAUAACGCAGUUCUACAAACACCCGCUGCACUGCGUCUUCAACGACACCAAGCUGGACGCGAUGCUAGAGGAGUUUAAAAAAGGAAAGUCUCACCUCGCCAUCGUGCAGCGCGUGAACAACGAGGGCGAGGGCGACCCGUUCUACGAGGUGAUGGGCAUCGUCACCUUGGAGGACGUGAUUGAGGAGAUCAUCAAGUCGGAGAUUCUUGAUGAGACGGAUCUCUACACUGAUAACCGGACAAAGCGGCGGGUUUCCCACCAUGAGAGGAAGCAGCAGGACUUUUCCAUCUUCAAACUGUCGGAAAAUGAAAUGAAAGUCAAGAUUUCCCCUCAGCUGCUCCUGGCAACACAUCGCUUCCUCUCCACAGAGGUGGAGCCCUUUAAACCUGCGCACAUCUCAGAGAAGAUCCUGCUGAGGCUCAUCAAGCACCCCAGUGUGGUCCAGGAACUCAAAUUCGAUGAGAAGAACAAACGAGCUCAGAACCACUUCCUCUUCCACCGUAACAAACCAGUCGACUACUUCAUCUUAGUUCUGCAGGGCCAAGUUGAGGUGGAGUUUGGCAAAGAAGCGCUGAAGUUUGAGAAUGGGGCUUUUUCUCACUUUGGAGUACCUGCCAUUAUGUCAACUGUCCACAGAUCGCCAUCCCACAGCAGCGGUUUGGAGCGCUCUGAGUCCAUGCUGUACGCCGGAAGUUUGGGUCAGCUGAACGGAGGAGGGAACUUCUACCUGCCGGACUACUCCGUCAGGCAGCUCACCCCCCUGCAAAUUAUCAAGAUUACACGUAGCCACUACCAGAACGCGCUGACAGCCACUAGGAUGGACAUCUCCCCUCAAACUCCUGACGCUGACAUCCGCCUGGCAGAGGCCAACACCCCGACCCCUGACCCUUCAGCCACAGGCAAUGCUGCUACGCUCAUGCCCUUUGAGCCGACCACAGCCACCCUGCUGCCUCCGCCCAGGGAGCUCAGCCGGCCCAGCUCGGCCCGCACCAGAGGACAACAGUCCAGCGUCCCACACAGCACCUCAGUGCUGAAUGAGAAGAACCACAUUGUCCGCAGUAAGUCUGACGGUCAGAAGAGUCCCAGUGAUUCUGUGUUCCUCAGGAUGGAUGAGAUCCCAUACAUCCGAGAGGACCGAUCAGAGACCGACACACACUCAGACAUGGCCUCGGUUCCCAUAGAAACAGACACAUCGCCUUUCAUCAGCAGCAUGUCGCUGAGCGGCUCAGAGGACACGCUGGGCAAGAAACUGCUUCUCAAACUGAGUCACAAGAAACGGAAAAAAUCCCGUGAAGGAGACAAAACCCCAGAGGACAUUUCAGAGCAGCCGCUGGUGAAAACCUAGCGGUGACUGUGAAACAGCAGAAGACGGCAUCAUCUAACGGCUUCAUAAAGACUACAACUAUCAGAGUUUUAUCUGAAAACACACAUGCGCACUGACAGUGACUUCAAACGAAACCUACCGGAGUUCGCUGGUCAAUGAGAUCAUUUUUUUGACUUCAGGUUGUGAAUUAGAAAUAAACUAUAGCCUCUCAUCUUUACCACUCCACAUUUUUCACAUACAGCUGACAUGCGGCGGGCGUUUCUAAUAUUUCUGUUGACAUGAAAGUCACUACAGAUGACGGUAACAACACAAAUCAUCCACAUACAAAGGGAUCAGAGGCUGCCUUCACAUUGCAGCUCGGACGGAAGUGACCCAUUUUUUUUACUUUAAUGAGAUCUGUAUCUGAUCUUUUCAUAAGUCUGUUAAGAAUUUGACCUGGCCCACUUGGAUAUCUGAGAUAUAUCCGAUCUUUUGAAAUAAAUCUGAACGUCCAGGUCGCCUUCAUCCGACCUGAACGAAAAACAACAACCAUGGCGGAUUAUAAUAAUGGUUAAGCUGUUAAUAUACUGGCUCAGGUCGGACAACAACUUCUAAAUCGUAAGCUAUGCUCCUCCGUUAGCAUCCAUGUUUUCUUGAGUAAACGCUGAACACUUCUUCUUCUUUAUGGCGGUUGGCAAAACACUGAGCUGUGUGACAUUAUUGUGCCCUCUACUGCGCUUUCCUACUUUUCAUUCUAUUGGCUGAGACGGUUGCCAGGCAACAGUGCUUUUUGUUUUGGGAGAGAGCAGAAAAUGAUUUGCAAGCAAGCAGAGAUUUGAUCCGAGCCGAGACAAGUUUUGAGCGAGAGGAGAAAGGUUUGAGAGAACACAGUGAAUAUUUGAAAGGGAGCAGAAGUUUUGAGAAAUGAAGUUUGUUUUCAGACCAGUGCUCUUAUGGCAAUAAAAAUUCCCCCAUAAAAUUUGUUUAAAGAUUUUAUUAAAGCCACAGAAAUACUUGGAGUUUAGUUUAGUCAUAGUAAAUAAUGAUUUUUGCACAUCACUCAAACCACACCGUCCUAAAAGGGAAUUAUGUCUUCAAUAGUUUAUUACUGUAUCGUUUAAUUCUCUGCCCAUAGCUUCAUUAUUUGAGUAAUUUGAUUUGAUUAAAUUGCCUGUACGGGUUGUUUUAGUUGUUAUUGACAUUUUGGUGUACAUUUCAUGCCAAUGGAAACAUUUGGAACCUGUUUACUGAGAAAAAAAUGUUGGAUACUUAUUUUAAGUAUUUAUGAAGGACUAAUUGAAUGUAAAAAAAUACGUAUAGCUGAGUUUUCAUGCACUUUCUGGGUGGAGAUAACAGGAAUGUUGGCACAGAGGAAACACACCAAAGACUCCAAACUUGUUGCUGUUUGGUACCUGCAGCUCCAGGAGACAUUCAACGAAACACCACUGCUCACUUUGAUUGUCUUUACACAUUAAUACCACAUAAUGUAAUCUAUAAAUAUGUUUUCUGUUUUCUGUCAAGAACAUUUAUGGUUAUAUUGAAUGGUAUGGAAACAUAACAUGGAGUAAUGUAUGGAGCUAAAUUGGGACCAUAAAGUUUGUUCAAAAGGAUAAAGGAUGAAAGUGAAAAAAAGAAAACUGAAAGGAGUCCUUCAAUCAGAAAAGUAGUUUUGAACAUUUUGUCUGUUUCACGUCAUUUUUUCAGUUUUAAAUCUUCAUUUUCACUUAACAUUUUUUUUCAGUUGCAAAUGUUCAUAUUUUUCUGUUCAAAACCUGUUUUCAGUUUCAAAAUGAUUUUGUUUCAAAUCCUUUUCUAUUUCAAAUCUUUUUUUUUUUUUUUUCAAAUUCAAAACUUUUUUUCCGCUGGAAUGUUUUUUGUUUCAAAUCUUUUUCUUCUGUUUCAAAAUAAUUUAUCAGUUUAAAACAUUUUUUCAGUUCCAAAAUAAUUGUUCUGUUUCAAAACUUUUUUGUUUCAGUUUAAAUUUUUGUUUUAAAAACUUUAUGGUCCUGAUUUUGUUCUGCCAUAUUUUCAUUUUACAGUUUUUCUUCUUUUGGUUUAAAUUUUUUUUUAUUUCAUAUCUUUUUUUUUUUUUGCUUCAAACUUUUUUUUGUUCAAAACUUUUUUUUGUUCAAAACUUUUUUCAGUUUAAAAAUAAUUUUGUUUCAAAUCUUUUUUUUUUCAAAUUCAAAACUUUUGUUCAGCUUGAUUAUUUUUGUUUCAAAUCUAUCUCUUCUGUUUCAAAAUAAUUGUUCAGGUUCAUUUCAAAUCUUUUGUUACAGUUAAAAUUUUUCUUUUAAAAACUUUAUGGAUUUGAUUUCGCUCCACGGUGGAGCGAAAUCUUGGUAUUUAAUUUUUUUCCCCCCCAUUGUUUAAAUGUUUCUAUCAAUCUGUCUUUAUGUUCUUUCAGCUCUGAUUUCAGAGAGAACCAGUUGCCUGCAGAUCCUUUAAAAAAAGAGCUUAAUGUUUGUCUUUAACAGCUUGAAACUGAUCAUCUUCUAUAUUCGUUUCUAUUUCACAAUCAGCUGUUAAACGAAGUGGAAGUGAUUGGGAAAAGCAGCUACUCAGCCAUAGAGUAGAGAGUGAUUGGAGAGUCAUUUAUCCUUCAGAUCAGCUCAGAAACGUUUCAGAAAGAGCUUCAUUGACUGGGUUUCCAUUGUUCGUAAAGCUCUGGUUUGUCCUGCUGGGAAGAAGUUUCACUGGUUUGUUUUGACUCUUCCAGUGUCAGUGAAAUUCUGAUGUUUUUAAGCUUUACAUUAUUUUAUAAAAUUAUGUCCUCAUCAAACACAAACCUGGAAAGUUGCCUUGAAUCUUUCAUGCAUGUUUGAGAAUUAAUCUCCAUGGCAACCAUUCAGCUGUGCAAAACGCCUGGGCGGACUUAGCCCCGCCUUCGAGGGACUGCUCCUCCUACGAACUGCAGUUUCCAAGCUUCUGAGCUUCACCACGACUCUCCCAAUUCGGCUCCUUCAGACUAGCCAGCACCUAUUAGCAAGUGCUAAUUUGUGCAUCUUAUGAGCUCAUUAUAUGAGCUACUUCUCAGUGAAACAUUGGUAAAAACAUUGUCAAACGGUUAACAGAGGUGCGUCUUGGUGAUAACCUGAAGGUGGAGUUUCAGAAAGAGCAGGAGUUUUUAGAGACAGCGGCCCAAUUUCAAGGUUUGAAAUUACAAAAUCAAAUUUGUUUGAAGUCAUAUUUGACUUAUACAAAUUUUCUAUAACAACUGAACCAAUAAAAUGGCAUCAUGUGACUGGAGAACAAAAUGCUGCCCCUUUAAUUCUGCAGCUAAUGCAGGAAAGGUUUGAGUAUUGGCCCUUAUGAAAGAGUGUCCAAAAACAUGCUCAUAAGAACAUGGAUGAGCAAGUUUAGAUUUCAGUUUGUGAGUCUAGGCAGCUCAUCCAACAUCAGCGUCUGACCUCACACAUGCUCUCUUUGAAGCUUGGAAAAAUAAUAAAAUAAACACUCCUAAAUCUUUCUCAUAUGACUAGAAGCUGUUGGAUACAAAACGUGGGCCAACUCCGUGUGAAAGCCAAAUGUCAGGUCAUUAAAGUUCAUGUGUGCAAAGCUAAGCGUCUCAAUAUGUUUGUCAACUUGGUGCAUGCCACAGUUUGUUUCUGCUGCCCUCUAGUGGCUAGAAAAUCUGCUCCAACUAAUUUGAGUGAAUGCUAUAAAAAACCUCUCAGUUGUGGCGUUUGAGGUAAUUUUUUCCAACAUUGACUGCUGCAGCAGUUUCUUUUUUAAAUUUACAUUAGUCAGCACUUCUGUGUCUUUGACUCUAUUUAGCAGAAAUGCUUUUAUCAGAGUGAUAUGAGACAGCAGCUCAGACAAAUAAAAGAUAAUAGUUAGAUUGUUUUAUUUUCUUUAGAAUGGAUUUAUUCAGCUAACGUUUUCUAUACACUGAACCACUUUAAACUCCCACCACUGGAGCCGAGACUUUUAAUUAUGAAUGUAAUCCAUUAUCUCUGCAUUCAUUACAGGACGGGAACUGAAAACAUCACUCUCACAAUCUCUUUUUUCUUUUUGUUGGGUCUAAAUCUGGAAGCUGCAUGUCGUAUAAAAUGUAGCUUAUUAAGCCAGGAAAGAUUUUAAAAAAAUGAAACAAACAGUAAAGUUUCAACUAUGUAAUUUUCACAUUAUAUGGCUCUGAAUAGCGGAUGAUUGUAACAAACCAAAACCAAGGCUGAUUUUGCUGGAAAAGGUCUCUUCCUCUAAAAAGAUCAUUUUUCUCUCCACUGUGGCCUCAUGCUUGCUCAGAAAGAGGAACUGCUGCAAUCAGAAGCACUUCCUUAGCAGGAAAACGUUUAGCAGAAGGG